GAAAAGUAAAUAUAAACACUGGCACCACAAGGUGAAAACACUCGAGUAUCUUACUUGUUGGACCCCUUAAUCUACCUGACACGUCUUCUAAGUGUUUCCUAGUACUUAUACUCCCCAGGUCCCUUGAUUCGCGUUUGUUUCCGUCUUGUCCCCCCCUUUUUGGCCUGACUCCCAAAAGCCAAUCAUCUUUCUCACAUCUGAGCAUCUUCUUCAUAUAUAAGUCAAUGUCUCACGCUUCCACUCCCGGCAGCAAACGGUCGAUCCACGAGAUCGAGUCCGACGUUCCCUCUUUCGAAGACCCGGCGGACUUGGUAAACGCGGUUAUUUCUUGCUUACAAACGCCAGAUGAGAAAACAAACGUAUCAAUCAACUACUCCAACGAAAAGAACAUCGCUACCGAAGUGCAAGCAUACGCCAAGAUCUCUGGCUCCACUUGGACCUACUACGUAAAGUCCUUGGCCAUUUCUAUUGGUAGAAAUACCGAUAAUCAAGGAUCACAUACUAAUUCCAUCGAUAUCGACUUGGGCCCUGCCAAGGUGGUUUCCAGACAGCACGCGAAUAUAACCUACAACUUGGACUUGAGAUGCUGGGAAUUGAAGAUUUUGGGCCGGAACGGUGCCAAAGUCGAUGGUGUCAAAGUUGGUGUCGAUAGCUCUCCAACCCCUUUACAUUCGGGUGCUAUAUUAGACAUUGGUGGAACCCAGGUGAUGUUCAUUCUACCCGACUCUCCACCCAAACUUGAUCAGAAAAUGAUGGAGCUAUGCCUUUCUCGCUAUCAACUGACAAUGUCGAAGCAACGCAAAGCCUCGACUUCUACCAAUACCACUUCUUAUACCUAUUUUCCUCAACAACACACGAUGGUUCCUCAAACCAACAAGACAUUCCAGAUGUUUGAGAAAAAUCACUUGACUCAUUCUCCUUCCCAGCUUUCUGCAAGCUCAUUGCAAAGUAAUCUUGACCAGGAUUUGUCAAAAGAAGAAUCCAAGGACAUAAAACCACCAUAUUCUUAUGCAACUAUGAUCACUCAAUCCAUCUUAUCCAAUGAAGAUGGGGUGAUGUCAUUGUCUGAGAUAUACGAUUGGAUCUCAGGUCGCUAUGCCUACUAUAAGUAUUCCAAGACUGGUUGGCAAAACUCUAUAAGGCAUAACUUAUCGUUGAACAAAGCUUUUGAAAAAGUUCCUAGACGUCCAAAUGAACCAGGAAAGGGUAUGAAAUGGCAAAUAAGCGAAUCCUAUAAGGAUGAGUUCUUGAACAAGGUAAGCAAUGGUGCAAUCUCUAAAACCAGAAGAGGUUCAAGUGUUUCUAGACAAUUACAAUUACACUUGGCCACCCAUCAAGCAUUACCUGAAUCCGGAAGAUAUUAUAUGAAAGAUGAUAAGCAAGGGUCUAAUGGGGUUUCUACUGAUGGACAUCUGAGAAACAACUCCAUUGGCGUGAACAAUUUGCAAUACUAUCCUCAGCAUCAGCAAAUUCCUCCUCAAGGGUUAUCCCAGCAAAUACCCCAAAAUUCUACUCAAUCGCAUCAACAGGUCCCGCUUCAGGGUGGUAUCCAACCCCAGCAAAGCCUUAAUUCCCAAAUGAAUGGGAAUGGGUACAUGCAAAGGAUGAACUAUCAGCCUUUGAUGUAUAAUUUACCCAACGACUCACCAAUCCGGUUGAAUGAUCUGAAUACUCCAAAACUCCCAAAGACAAACGGCAACUUGUAUAAUUUACCGCCUCCUCCAUCCUCCUCAAAUAUAGGUUUGGGAACUUCUGCACCUGCUAACCAUUCAAGAUCAAAUUCUUAUAAUCAACCCUUGAAUGAUUCUUUCCCCACAAGUGAGCCAAAUUCUUCCAAUCAACACACGAAUGCCACUUCUGAUUUAGCAUUGGGUUUCACAAGUCCAAAGAAAGUGGCUCCUUUGGAAGCAUUUACUCCAGAAAGAGGAUCAAAGUCUUUCAACCAUAAGAAUUUAUCAUUGCCUAAUGGUAUGAAUACAAAUCAAUCAUCACCAGCAUUUUGGAACUUUGUACAAUUUAGUACUCCUAAUGGACAAACACCAUUACGAAAAACUGGGGAUGAACUGAAUGAAGUGAGUCCUACUAUAAACAGAAAGUUCAAUGAUAAGGAUUUAUCUCCAAUUAAAAACAAGGAGGCUGAGUCUACUUGAAUAGAUGAAAUUGAACUUGGUGUUGUUUGUUUGUAUGUUGUGUAUAUUGAUGUAUUAUUAUAUAUUAUUAGGUAUGAGAAUCUGAAAGUUAUUCUUCAAAAGGCGGACUUUUCUCUGUAAUCAUUAAUCUUGUUUUCAAUUUCUCUCACAGACUUAUUGAGUUUAUUGGAGAUUUUUAUUCUACUUGAAGCAUUCAAUUCAAGGAAUUUUUCAAUUAUAUCUCCAUCAAUGACAUUGUGAGUUGAAUUAUAAUAUCCUCUGAACUUCAUAUGGUCUCUACCAAGUAAUAAAUCUUUGUUCAACUCAAUCAGAAGAUUGCUCAAGAACUUGAAGUCUGAUUCACUGAUUGGUAGAAGAAUACCAAUAGUACCUUGUAACCCAGCAUAAAUAAUAACUUCUGGCCCUCCAAGAACCAAAGUUCCCUUUGUGAAAGACAUGGGAAUAUCAUUUAAGAAGAACUCAGCUAAAGUUUGGCAUCUCCCAGAUGACCCGUUCAAAUACAGUUCCUCAACAAAGUAGGUAUUAUCGUAUUUGAUUCUGUUGACAAACACAUUUCCAAACUUAUCACCACCAAUUACAGUAUCGUAGUCCAAUGUUGAUAAGGACGUAAUUUGCCUGUUCAUAGUAUCGUCUGAAAUCGGUACGAAUGAAUUUUCAAUAAAUUUACAGAAAAUUGUGGAGUUGUUGGAAUCUCCAACAACAAUUCUAUCCUUUCCCUGAUAAACAAUUCUGAUAAUUUUGUUGAUGUGUUUAAUGGCAGUGGAAGACUUCCUCAAUAGCUGCUUUUUCCCCAAAUCGUAUGUUCGUAAGAGGUUAUCCAUUCCCACUAAUAGUCUUCCAUUGAACUCGAGUAUCGAUCUCGGUGGCAUUUCAACUUCUGUCUUAUGAACAAGCUUCAUAUCCUUAAAAGUGUAUAAGAAAUUUGGAUUUGUCACUCCCACCACAACAUAAUCUUUGAACCUGCAAAUGGACAAUGGUGACUCUUCAAAAGCGAACUUCUCUUUGUUGUUUCUAACCAACUCUUUCCCUAACGAGUACACCUCAUUGUCCACUAACAAUUUAGUUGCUGGAAUAUCUUCAGUGGAUAUUAUGAAAUUGUUCCUGAAGUCGUCAAUAGUGAAGAUGAUUAGAUCAUU